AGCUCGGCUCCCGCAGCAGCAGCAGCAGCGGCGGCACUAUGUCUGGCAGAGGCAAGGGCGGGAAGGGGCUCGGCAAGGGGGGCGCCAAGCGGCACCGCAAGGUGCUGCGCGACAACAUCCAGGGCAUCACCAAGCCGGCCAUCCGGCGCCUGGCGCGGCGCGGCGGCGUCAAGCGCAUCUCGGGGCUCAUCUACGAGGAGACGCGCGGCGUGCUCAAGGUGUUCCUGGAGAACGUGAUCCGCGACGCCGUCACCUACACCGAGCACGCCAAGCGCAAGACGGUCACGGCCAUGGACGUGGUCUACGCCCUCAAGCGCCAGGGACGCACCCUCUACGGCUUCGGCGGUUAAAGUAAAAGACACAGGCAGCUCUCAGACCCUCUCGAAAUACCCCAAAGGCUCUUUUAAGAGCCGCCCA